GAAUCUUCAUGCUUACCAUGAUUUAAAAAUACUACAAAUACAUUCAUUUUUGGCCCCAGUCGUCAAAUAUUGGAGAAUACCUCGGACCUUCAAUAUAAAGUUGGUGAUCUAACUUUUAUUUUGAAAAUCUCAACCGGAAGGAACCGAUCCACAAACUUCCGGAAGAGAUGCGCGAAACCCUCUGAGGGAUCUCAUUUAUUUGAUAUCCUUGUUGAUUGCAUUGACAGUUAAAACAGUAAUAACAGACUAGAAUCACAGCGUCAACCAUGUCAGAGACAUACGAUUUCCUGUUUAAGUUUCUUGUGAUUGGGAAUGCAGGAACUGGAAAGUCAUGUCUUCUGCAUCAGUUUAUAGAAAAAAGAUUCAAAGAUGACUCGAAUCACACUAUUGGGGUUGAAUUUGGCUCAAAGAUUAUCAGUGUGGUCAACAAGUUUGUCAAGCUCCAAAUCUGGGAUACAGCAGGACAGGAGCGUUUCAGGUCUGUUACACGCAGUUACUACAGAGGGGCAGCAGGGGCUCUUCUGGUGUAUGACAUCACUAGUCGAGAAACAUACAAUGCUCUGACCAACUGGCUGACUGAUGCCAGGAUGCUGGCCAGCCAGAACAUUGUGAUUAUACUGUGUGGAAAUAAGAAGGAUCUGGAUGCUGAUCGUGAAGUCACCUUCCUGGAAGCCUCACGCUUCGCUCAAGAGAAUGAGCUCAUGUUUUUGGAGACUAGUGCACUAACGGGGGAGAAUGUGGAGGAAGCCUUUGUCCAGUGUGCUCGGAAAAUCCUUAACAAAAUAGAGUCAGGAGAGCUGGACCCAGAGCGGAUGGGUUCAGGAAUCCAGUAUGGCGAUGCAGCGUUGCGGCAGCUGCGUUCUCCCAGACGGGCUCAGGCAGAGAGCGUGCAGGAGUGUGGCUGUUAGCACAGAUCUCCAAACAGCUGACCAACCAGGAGGUUGGUAGGAGCUUCACAGGAUCUGUACUGUAUUUGGCAUGCCUCAGUGGGGAGGAGCUGUCUUCAAGACGAGGUGCUAUUUUUGUCAUUGACGCCCCCCAAAAGCUUCUCAAGUUAACUUCUGCAUGCCUUACGACUGAAGAUGACACAGCACCAGUUAUUCACACACACACACAUGGUUCACCUUCUUGAACCCACCCCCUCCGGAGGAUACCCAAGUGUUCCAACCCCCUUCACCCUCUGCUAAGACUGAUCAGUCAAAUGCCACACACCCACAUGAGAAACAGGGUAAUGGAUAUAUUUAACUUCAGAUACUCCUCGUCCCUCCCAGAGUAUUAGCAUGUCAGGUUUCUGAGGUUCCUUAUUUGGUUUCUCUGGAAUGCAAGCUAGAAAUAGAGAUUCAAGGUGUCUGUGGAAGAUCUGAACUAAUUAGGGAGCUACUUCUUGAAGAAGGGGUCUGCUGAAGCUUCUCAUUUAAUCCAUGACCAAAGACAUCUAUAUUAUUACCUGAUCUUGAGCCUGCUUACUUUUAAGUCGAUGUUGUUCCUCAGGCUUAUUGCACGAUUCAUUCGCUAGAUCCUUCAGCGCUUAAAUCAAAUCUAAAGCAGUGCUCCACAAAUAGUUUUGCUUCAGGACCCAGAUUUUACUUUAGACAUUAAGUGGCUUUAUGCUAAAUUAAGGAAAAUCCUUAAUUUACUUUUGUUUUUAACAGUAUUUCUCACCUAAAUUGGCCUGGAAUCGCUGAUUAGUUAAAACUAUUGAGAUACCCAAAGUUUGUUCAUUUCAUUACCUAUUUACCAGACUUCAGCUUGUUUGACUUCAUGCCUCCAAACACAUGUUCUCCAUGGCUCAAAGAACCCUUUAUCUGUGUCUUUGCCCAAGGCAGGUUUUGUGAACACAAGGAGGACAUUAUUGGGGAGUGUGACUUAAGGCUCAUCAUGGUGGAGCGACUGUUUCCCUCACCUUACUUUUACUUCUGUUCAGACAUGGCAGGGGUCUCCCUGCACUCCAGAAGGCUCCGGAAAAAGUUUACUGUCCCCUUGGGCCCAGGCAAAGACAUCUGCAGUACCCAAAACCCAGAGGGUAGUUAAAAAACUUGGCCCUUGCCCCUGAGAAUACUGCACUGAGCCCAUCCCCUCUUACAUAUGUAGAUCUUAUGUAGAGAAAAAAUUAUAUUAUCACCGUGGAGCAUGAUUUCAUGGUUGCAGUACUACAACAUUAUCAUAAAUUACUAUAUACAUCACAUAUAUAGCUUGGGCAUACUGCAUUACUGCUCUUUAGCACAUACCUGUAAAUCUUAUCAAUGAAAAUGAUCAUGUGCAUUGUAACGCCAACACAUCAUUUGGUUUUAUUUAGGGUUAUUUUAUGUUUUCUCCUCUGUUGUUUUUUUCAUGUUAAUAUGCUUUGCAGGAAAACAUACUUCAACAUAGGUUUUUUUUAAAAGUGGCUAUUGACACACUUCCCUUCAUAUCUCACUGUAAUAAAGUGUCAGUAUGAUCAGCUUUAAAGUCACAGUUACAUGCUAUGUACUUAUUGUGAAGCAUUUUUAGUGCUGCUGUCCAAUUCUUAGGUGUUUGUUGGAAUGACACCAAUGUGUUUAAAGUAAUUAAUUGUUUUCAGAACUAUAUUGUAUUGUCUUUUUUUUUUUUUUUUUUU